AUGAUGGGCUUAAAACAUGGCAAGUUAAUUCUGGAGGACACCAUCAACUACAGGAAACAGCUUCUGCUUGUGGCAGAACGUCACAACCUCCCGCCUUCUCCUGUGAAAAGUCCCGUUACUGAAGUCAAAACAGAUAUAUAUGUCACCAGUUUUGGACCUGUUUCUGAUGUAGAAAUGGAGUAUACAAUGGAUGUCUUCUUUCGUCAGACAUGGGUAGACAAAAGACUAAAAUAUGAUGGUCCUAUUGAAAUUUUGAGGCUUAACAACUUGAUGGUUUCAAAAGUGUGGACACCUGACACUUUCUUCAGGAAUGGGAAAAAGUCUGUUGCACACAAUAUGACAGCCCCAAAUAAACUCUUCAGAAUAAUGAGAAAUGGCACCAUCCUGUACACAAUGAGGCUUACAAUAAGUGCAGAGUGUCCCAUGAGAUUAGUGGAUUUUCCCAUGGACGGUCAUGCUUGUCCUCUCAAAUUUGGGAGUUAUGCAUAUCCAAAGAGUGAAAUGAUUUACACGUGGACAAAAGGACCUGAGAAGUCAGUGGAAGUUCCUGAAGAGUCUUCUAGUUUAGUUCAGUAUGACCUACUUGGACAUACUGUAUCCUCUGAAACUAUUAAAUCUAUUACAGGUGAAUAUGUUGUAAUGACAGUUUACUUCCAUCUCAGACGAAAAAUGGGUUAUUUUAUGAUCCAAACAUAUAUUCCAUGCAUUAUGACCGUGAUCCUUUCUCAAGUUUCGUUUUGGAUAAAUAAGGAAUCUGUUCCAGCUAGAACUGUGUUUGGCAUAACCACAGUGUUGACAAUGACUACACUGAGCAUCAGUGCAAGACAUUCUUUGCCAAAAGUAUCCUAUGCUACUGCCAUGGACUGGUUCAUAGCGGUUUGCUUUGCCUUUGUCUUCUCUGCUCUCAUCGAGUUUGCUGCUGUCAACUAUUUUACUAAUAUUCAAAUGGAAAGAGCCAAAAGGAAGACAGUAAAAUCCCUCAUUGAAUUUCCGGCUGCUCCAGUACAGAGAGAAAAAAGUACAGAAGAGACACUCAUGAGUACAGAUGCCAACUCAAACGUGAGGAAAAGAACGAAUGCCACAGUGCAGUCCGAAGCUGAUGGUGGGAGCCGAAUCGAUACAAGACAGAGCUCCGUCCAGCCUCCCUCUGUAACUCAGGGGUCUUCUGACACUACAGCCCACUCCCUUCCUGCAUCGAGCCCAAACCCCUUCACCCGUAUCACUGCAUCAGAGACACUGUCUUCUGCGAGAGCUACCCCUCCAGCUCCUCCUUCCACCCCGACUUUAACGGGAUUUGUAUCCCAGCAUGCCACAGCUGGAUCCCCCUCCAUUCAGCGCUUGCUUGGAUCCAGACUGGAACAGAUCCAGACCACCACACCUAAUACGUUAGGAGCAUCUGCAAAGCCAUCUGCUAUGACCCCCCCUGCUCCCCCUGCCUCCCACUCUGGCACCAGUAAGAUAGACAAAUAUGCACGCAUCCUAUUUCCUGUUACGUUUGGAGCGUUUAACAUGGUCUACUGGGUGGUGUAUCUAUCCAAGGACACCAUGGAAAAAUCAGAAAGUCUAAUGUAGUUUUGCUGCUAUGUAGUAGUUUCUAAAUUAUACUCACAUUUGAUGCAGAGUUUCUUCUUUUGAAACUGUUUAAAGAGGUCAAUAAUUCUUAUUUAUAAAAGCUGUGUGCUACUUUCCCGUUGUAAAGGCUGGAGUUAUUGGGGAUAAUUAGUUAACUCUUACCAGAGUAAUGGCUGACGGAAUUGUCUUCCUCCCUUCAACUAGCAGUGAACCAUCGCUCUCUUCCGAGAGGCUACUCCGGCUAUGCAGAACUUGCCUUUGAGAGGAGCAUGAAGAGGAGACAAAUCAAAGGCAGAGGUGCAGAGCUGUGCAGUGGAGCAC